CGCAAGACGCGCUUCUUUCCAGAAACAAAAUGCCUCCCGCGCGCCCUCGCCUGUUGGUUUCUGCUGCUGUUCCAGGAACGGUGAGGCUCUUUCCUGCGAACAGAGUUACAUUCCGGACCUGAGCGGUCCAGUAAUCCGUGCCGGGAUAACUCGCAGCGCCGUCUUAUCUCUGAAAACCACGCUGUGCUCGUUUUUUAGCCUCCCAAGGACAACAGCUCCGGAGUGUAGGAGGAGCUAGCGACGUGUUUCCGCUCCGAGCAGGCCGAGACAGAACCGAGCUGCCGCUCAGAGAGUCCACAGCCACCGGACUGUCGGCAGCGACUGCGGGAAACUCUUCAACCACAAGCCGCCUAACCACCGGGAAGCUGCGGGUGUUCGUGUCCGGGUGGGGGGAAAGGAGCGGCAGCUGGGCUGUGAAAGAUGGAAGCCGAGUUCUGGGAAAUCGAUGAAAAAAGGAGCUGGUUCUCCGUUUAUCAGGAGAUUCGCCAGCAGUCCAGUGAAUUACCUUGCACGGUGGCAAAAUCGGUCGAGAACAAGACUCGGAACCGGUACCGGGAUGUCAGUCCCUUUGACCACAGCAGAAUCCGCCUGCAGCUCGGUACCAACGACUACAUUAACGCCAGCCUAAUAACCGUUGAAGAGGCGCAGAGGAACUAUAUCCUUACUCAGGGCCCCCUUCCAAGUACCUGUGGUCAUUUCUGGGAGAUGGUGUGGGAGCAGAGGACCCGCGGGGUGGUGAUGCUGAACCGGGUCAUCGAGAAAGGAUCCAUUAAAUGCGCUCAGUACUGGCCCCAGAGAGAGGAAGGAGACGCCGUCUUUGAAGACACCAACUUCAGGGUUACUUUCGUCUCCGAGGACGUCAAGUCUUACUACACGGUCCGACAGCUGGAGCUGCAGAAUCUGUCUACUCAGGAGACUCGUGUGAUUUUACAUUUUCACUACACCACCUGGCCCGACUUCGGAGUACCAGAGUCUCCUGCCUCCUUCCUCAACUUCCUGUUCAAAGUGCGAGAGUCGGGUUGUUUGAGUUCGGACCAUGGACCGGUGGUGGUGCACUGCAGCGCUGGGAUCGGACGCUCGGGGACCUUCUGCCUUGUGGACACCUGCCUCCUGUUGAUGUCUCUUCGUAAAGACCCGUCCUCCGUGCGUAUCCGUGACGUCCUGCUGGAGAUGCGGCGCUAUCGGAUGGGCUUGAUCCAAACUGCAGAUCAGCUCCGCUUCUCUUACCUCGCAGUCAUCGAAGGUGCCAAGUACAUCAAAGGAGAUACAUCUCUGCAGGAGUCGUGGAAAGAGCUCUCAAACGAGGAAGAUGAUCCUCCAGAGCUCAGCCCUCCCCCUCUUCCUCCUCCCAGAGACCCGUACAACGACGAAGUGGAGCUGUCCUUCCUCGAUGACGUGGAGCUCAUCCAGAGGAUGGAGAUCUCCAGUCUGGGGUCCUCUGAAGACCACACGGCGCUGCGGAGGAGGACCGUCGGUUUCUUCGAGCCUCCUCCUGACGAGGUGAACCAGCUGGACGGCCAUGUUGGACCACCAAGUGCUCCCUCUUCGGCUCGGAACGAGACCCAGCAAGACGAGCCAGAGGAGCUGGAGCCAUCUGAGGAUCAGCGGAUGACAGAAGGCUCUCCUGUGCCGGGGGUUUGGUCCCCUCUCCUAGUUAACGUGUGCCUGUGCACGGCGCUGGCUCUCAGUGCGUACGCUUGUUAUCGAGCGUAUUUCCACUGAUGUCUGUCCUUCCUCUUCCUGUUUGUUGUUGUUUUUACCAACAACGUUGCAGCGUGGACUCAGCUGCUCCGUCAGGCUCAUCAGUACUAAUUUUGUAAACGCAGCGAGCGGUUCUGGCUGCCACACUGACCCAAACGUUCUGUCGGGAUGCUCAGGUCUUCAGUUCUUCAGGUGCCACAUCCCAGAUCUGUGCCGACCGAACUGAGCCUGCAGAGACCCACGAUCAACUCUGCCCACUUUAUAUGCAUCUACUUUGUUUUUUUACCAAAACGACACGUCUGAAUGUGUUUCCAUGAUUUCUCCUGUGUGCGUCAGGAUUUGACAGUUUUUAUUUUUAUAUCUGCUUACAUGAACGGACUGACCAGCCAGUCAAGGAGAACUUUAAUUUUCUUUUAUUAUGGAUCAACAUGAAGCCCAGCAGUUAAAAGGGAAAGUAAAAACUGUUCAUUGCAUGCAGAUGUGGGCAGCUGUUUACUGUGUUGGGCUGGCUCAGUGGUUUUGUGUUUAUCGUGUCUGAUCAUACGAUCACAGCUUUUACAGAACAUGAGGCGUCCAGGUGUCCUGACGCAACACCUUCUCCAGAGGCUGACGAGUCCGAACAUCUGGCUGUAGUUGCUGUACUCAAUUACAGCAGGUAAUCGUGUAACUAACCUAACAGCAGCUGAUACACGUCCCACAGAGAGUCCAAGGUGUGCAGUCACACCUGAGCGCCAUCAGAACAGUCCGGGACACGGAGUCUGACACCCAGCACCAUCAGCCAGCAAUAAUGAUUCAAAGAAGAGAUGUGUGUUUUACAGGAACAGACUCUGAGUUUGAGUUUUGGGACCAGGGAAACUGAACAAACCAAAAAUCAACCACCAGCACGGGGACGAUGUUCUGAUUCAUCAUCGGACCACGGUGCAGCCCGGC